GUUUUAGGCGCUAACAGUUUGUUUACAGUUUUGAGAACCGUGUAGUGAGGAUGGUGGUGGCGGUGGUGCUAGUGGUGGCGGUGGCGCUGGAAUAGACAAAAAUUUAUUCGGAUUUUGAACUGCAAGGGAUCAUGGAGGAGAAACUGAAUACCAAAACAUACCAAACCAUCAGCCAGCGCAUGGCCACGGAGGAAGCUGCCUGUGCCCUUCUUGAGGGAAGCAGGAGAGAUGAUGAGAGUUGCAGAUCCAAAGGCCUGGCUUAGGAGUGAUCCUGAGCCACAUAUACUAGCAAGAUCAAGAUCAAGAUCACAAGAACAGCAGCAGCAAUGAAUGGAGGUUGCCUCAAUGAAUGGAGGAACCAGGAUGAGGAAAAAGAAGAGAGAGUGGAGCAGAGCACCCAGACAGAAAACCUGAUGAAAGAGGCAGAAGCACAGACGACGAAGACUGAAGAAAGAAAAGACCAGCAAGAAGUGGUGGAAGUGGCCAGAACAGACAGACGCCCAAGGAAGAAGAGAAUGGUAAUCAAGAAAGCCCCAGUACGUGUCAUUGGAGACAGCAUGGUAAGGAAGACUCCCGACUUUGUGAGAAGGGAAAUUGAGUGCACCAGCAUGGGAGGUGCUAAGAUCCAAGAUGUCAAGAGGAAAGUCAAGGAAGAAGUGCAAGAAAUGGAAGAGAGAAGCCUGCUAGUUGUCCAAGGAGGAGGCAACAACUUAGUAGAGGCAGGUGCUGAAGACACAGUAAAGGAAGUGAUAGAAGCAGUGAGGGCAGCAGAAGAGAAGAUGUGUGUGGCUGUGGUGGGGGUCCUGCAGCGCCCACGGGAAGGAGUGCAGCAUGAGAGGGUCAGAAGAGAAACGAACCGCAAGAUAUGCAUGGAACUCGUGAAGGUCAAGAUGGAAUGGAUGGCAGAGAAGAAGGGCAACAUGAGCUUCCUGGACAUGGAUGGGAUCCUCGACCAGGACAAAUUCUUCGGGAGAGACGGGGUCCACCUCAACCACAACGUGAAUGAGAGGCUAGGACGUCGACUGGCCGAGUGGAUGAGGGCGAGGCAGGUGUGUUGUGUGGACGACGCAUGAUGAGGAGGACCCACUGAUGUCAGCAAACAUGGAAGAAAAGAGACUAACCAGAACAGGAAAUCAAAAACAAUAGGAGGGACUCCAUUAGGUCCACAAUUCUUCUGAAGAUCAAGUCUAGCAAGGACAUGGAAAACACCAUUAAGGAAGAAUCCUAAUAGAAGGCCAUUCCUUCUGACAGGCUUCUGGAGGUUACCUGGCGAGCACCACUGGAUCCACUUUUUUGGGGGGUUCCGAGUCUGACAGAGAUGAAGGUUUCCUUCAGGGAGAUGGCAAAGAGAUGCAGGCUUCAUUUAAAAUGAGAAUGCUUCAUUUGGCACUGGUGAUGAACCUUCACCAGCAUCUGAAUGGGAGCCAAGAAUGAGUGAAUUCGGGGAACAGAGGUGCAGCAGAUAAAAGGAUUCUUCAUGGCAAUGUGAUAGUGCUAGUUAGUAGUGUGACAAUGUAUCAAAUUAUGAUUUUUGCUUCAUAUGUGAUCCUCAUGUUAACUCUGCAGUUAACCUGUAACCAAUCCCAUAUGAUCACCCUUAGUAAUAAUACCACAUUAUCCUUGGAUUGUCUAUUCUAUUAUGUGGGCAUGAUAUAUUACAGUAAUUGCUGGUAAGCACAUGCAAGGCAGUAACUGUGCAGAACAAGAUUAACUAUAACAGGUGGCAGGCUGACAACAUUAUUCAUUUCCCUAAAUGUGUGGUAGGAAGCAUGAAGCAAAGCUUAUACAUAUAUAUUUUUUUUCAAAUAAAUUUUUUUACAUUUGCCAAAUUUUGCAGCUUACAAUUUACAUGGAACUAAACAUAUACUUGUAACUGCAUAUAGCAAUUACUAUUUAGUAAUGAAAUAAAUAUUCUACUUCAAGUAAACAAAACCUUAUAGAUAAUUUAAAAGUAAAAAAAAAAUGUAGAGAAAAAGCUUUUCCUAGAGCUUAUAUUUUAUUACUUUGAAUCCUGAUUACAGUAAACACUUUUUAAUCUCAACUAAUUGUGGAGGUGAACAUGGGUUGAGUUUGCAUAAAGUCCAAAUUAUCCAACAGUUAUCUCUAGCCAUUUGUGUCCUGAUGCCAUCGGGGAUGAGGGAAAGAGGGAGGCACAUCAGGUGUACUAUUGUGUCUCCGCAAACAAGAUGCCAAACAUUCAUAGGAAUUCUUAUUUUUCUCUUUCAUGUUGCUUUUAAUAUAGAAUCUGAUGGCAUCAUAGGGUCAUGGCUUGGUAACAGGUGACAGAGAGUGGUAAUAAAUGGCUCGAAAUCCGAGUGGGGUCAAGUAAUUAGUGGGGUGCCACAGGGAUCAGUAUUAGGGCCAUUGUUAUUUCUAAUGUAUAUCAAUGACUUGGAUAGUGGAAUUAGUAGUGAUGUUAGUAAAUUUGCGGAUGACACAAAGAUAGGUAGAUUAAUUAGGUCAGAAUCGGAUGCCAUCGCCUUGCAGGCAGACUUAGAUAGAAUGAAUGAAUGGAUGGAUAGAUGGCAAAUGCAAUUUAAUAUCAAUGAAUGCAAAGUGCUUAGCGUAGGUAGAGGAAACCCACACAAUAGGUACACAUUAGACAACCAAACUCUGGUAGGUACAGGGUACAAGAAAGAUUUAGGAGUUAUAGUUAGCUCUGAACUCCGUCUAGGGAAACAAUGCAUAGAAGCCAGAAACAAGGCAAAUAGGGUACUAGGAUUAAUUUUUAGGAGUGUUAAAAGUAGAAGGCCGGGAGUAAUAUUAAAGUUAUACUUGGCGCUGGUCAGACCUCAUCUAGACUACGCGGUGCAGUUCUGGUCCCCACAUUACAGGAAAGAUAUAGGUCUAUUAGAAUCAGUACAGAGGAGAAUGACUAAAAGGAUACAGGGGAUGAGGAGUAUUCCUUAUGAGGCGAGGUUUGAAGCUGUUAAAUUUACAUUCUCUAGAGAGACGUAGGUUAAGAGGGGACCUGACAGAAGUCUUUAAGUGGUAUAAGGGUUAUAACAAGGGAGAUGUAAGCAAAAUUCUUAGGAUCAGCAACCAGGGUAGAACAAGAAAUAACAGGUUCAAGCUUGAAAAAUUUAGGUUUAGGAAGGAGAUAGGAAAAAAUUGGUUCUCAAAUAGAGUGGUAGAUGAGUGGAACGGACUCAGUAAUCAUGUAGUUAGUGCUAGGACACUAGAGAGCUUUAAGAGAAGAUUAGACAAGUUUAUGGAUGGGGAUAGCAGAUGGAAAUAGGUAGGUGUGUUUCAUACAGGGACUGCCACGUGUAAGCCUGGUCGCUUCUUGCAGCUUCCCUUAUUUCUUAUGUUCUUAUGUUCUUACAUCUAGAAGUAGUGCUGUAUAAGAACACAUGUUUCAUUACACAUUUGUUCUCAUAAUUGAUGCAAAAAUCAGUUAUCAGUAAAAGGUUCAAAAAGAAAUUUUUACUCACUGACUUAUAUUCAUUGCAAUUACUAUGUUUACCCAAUCAAGUUUUUGAAAAGGUGUUCUACUUGAAAAAUGACUGCUUAAUAUAAUAAUGCAAAUUUUCCUAUUUUGUGAGCUAUGUGGAGAGAUCUGGUAUUUUCAGAGGGAA